UGUUGAGCUCUUUAGGGUCGGUUUUUAUGUGAAUUUGGCAAACUCCUGGUGAAUCUUACCUAGUCAAGCUUUCUACAACCGGCUCGAAACAAUGGAACGAAAGAAGAAGGUGUCAAAGCCCUGGUGCUGGUACUGCAAUCGGGAGUUUGACGACGAAAAAAUCCUGGUCCAGCAUCAGAAAGCGAAACACUUCAGAUGCGACAUUUGCCACAAAAAGCUGUAUACGGGACCCGGUCUCUCCAUACACUGUAUGCAGGUGCAUAACGAAUCGAUCGACAAAGUGCCCAACUCCCUGCCGAAUCGGUCAAACAUAGUGAUUGAAAUCUACGGCAUGGAAGGUAUACCGUCGGAGGAUAUCCGAGAGCACGAGAAGCAGAAGAAUGGUAAUCGGUCGGAAUCGGAAGAGGAAGCUAGUUAUGCUGUGCGCUCGAGCACCAAUCUACAACUGUGACCGAUGCCGAACGCCGGCGGCCAUUCGACCCCGAGUUGGCCGGGACCGUAGUAGUAAAAAUAACAACAAUCACAACGUCCCAUAA